GUGAGACAGAGAGGCUGUAGACGUGAGGAGAAAACCAGAGAGAGAGCGAGAGAGAUAGAGAGACAUAGAGAUAUAGAGAUACAGAAGAAGAUCAACACAACAGCACUUCAUCAGAUUAUCAUCUCCUGCUUGGGACAGCCAACACCAUCUAACUAGCAUCACUUCUGAAGACGCCUACCGACACGCCACUGACCAGCACAUACAACAACAAGCCACACACACUGCAGGACAGAGCCGUCACGAUGCUGUGGAGUAUUUCCUGUGCGCUGUGCGUUGUCUCAGCGUGUGUAUCUCUGACUGUGGCCUAUGAUGAUGAUAUCGAGGUGGAAUAUGGCAACUCCUACGACAACGAAAUCAUAGAGGAAGAGCCCAAAAAUGCCACACCAAGCCCCUCUCCCUGCAGCUCUGGGGAUCUGACCAAGUGGGACAAGAUGUUCUCUAUGCUGGAGAACAGUCAGAUGAGGGAGAACAUGCUACUGCAAUACGCCGAUGACAUCAUCAAGGUGGAGAUGGGCUCGCUGCGUGCAGAACUCCUCAGGAUGGUGGCGCAAAACGGCGGUUCGUGCGGGGUUGCCGUGGAGAUGGCGGGGAGAAGGCUGUCCCUGAUGCUGGAGAAGCGGCUGCGGGACACCCUCGAGCGCAUCAGCCUGCCGGGCCCCUCCGCCAGGGGCCCCUCCGACCGGGAGGAGGCCCUGCUGCAGCAGGUGCUGUCCGCGGCGCGGGCCCAAGGCUCCCGGCUGGCCAAGCUAGAGUCGAGUUGUCUCGGCGCCGGGCUGGGACCGGCGUCGCCGUCCGCGUCGGACUCCAAGACGGGGGCCCAGGGACUGGCGGGUGACGGGAAGGGUCGCCUGGAGCAGGAAGUGACCCCGCCCAGGGAGGGCAUGGCCGCCCUGGAGAGGACUCUAGCCGCUGUGGUGACCGAGCUGCAGGAGACGCGGGCGCAGCUGCAGCAGGUGACGAGGUCAACAAGGCAGAGAUACCUGCCCGCAGGUUGCGAGUCGUCGCUGCUCUUCCCCAUGCGCUCGCGCCGCAUCUACGCGGCGGUGCUCCCCGGCGUGCCCCUCUCGCUGUCCGCCUUCACCGCCUGCCUGUGGGUGAAGCCCACCGCCGCCGACUCCGCCCCCAACCGCACCGUGCUGCUCUCCUACGGGACGCGCCGCAACCCCUACGAGAUCCAGCUGCUCUUCAGCGGCAGCUCCGCCCUCUUCACCGUCGGCGGUGAGGCCCACCUGGUGGAGGGGCGGGGCGUGCUCAAGGCGGGCGGGCCCUCCGAGUGGCUCCACCUGUGCGGGGUCUGGAGCUCCCAGCAGGGACACGCCUCCCUCUGGGCCGACGGGAGGAAGGUGGCCUCCGCUCCCGGCGUGGCCGAGGGCCGGGUCCUGCCCGCCGGCGGCUCCCUCCAGCUGGGCCAGGAGCGGAACGGCUGCUGCCCCGGGUCUCCGGGCGGCUCGGGAGGAGCUGGAGGAGGAGCAGGAGGAGGAGGAGGUAUGGGCAACGGGAGCGGGAUGUCGGGCUUCGAGGACGGGUUCGACCCCCGGCUGGCGUUCGCCGGGAAGAUGACGGGCGUCAACGUGUGGGACAGGGUGCUGUCCGAGGGGGAGCUGGCGAGCGUGGCGUCGCGGGACGGCCACGGCUGCGGGCCCAGGGGGAACGUGGUGGCGUGGGCCGUGACGGAGAUGGUGCCCCACGGCGGAGCUCAGUUCAUCGACUGAAGGGUGGGCCGCCGCCUCUCUGCAGUGCCCGGGAGCCACUCCGUGUUUCUCAUCUUCGUCAUCUUCGCUGUGCGUGUACCGCAAAGAUAAAGCUUGCGAGUCAAAAGGGGAAAAAACAACUCAGUCUUCUCUUUGCCACCGUCAUCAUCAUCGUCCACUGGCAUCGUUGGUAUUCCAGCGACAAUCUGUAAUGAACCUACGGUCUGCCUUUCAGACCACUGCUUUGUUGUUUGGUUUUGGCUUUUACUAAUUUUCCCACAAGGCUGCUGUUCCCGUCUCAAACCCCUUGAUGUUGAAUCCCUUAAAGAUCUGAUGGAGUAGUGUAGUUCAAAUGGUCAUAUUUAGAGAUGAGGGUGCAUUGGUACAGGUUAAACUGUUAUCGCCAAGGGUUUCAGUUUAAUGUUCCGUCACACAAUGUGCGACCAAAUACCGCCAUGGAAUUAUAAGCUGAUUUUGAGGACUGUGAGGGAGGUUUAUGUUCUUGCUGUGCUAAUGCUAACACUAACAUGUUGUAACGCACAUGCAAACAAACGCAAACACACUCACGUACACACACACACACAUACACACACACACACACAACACACAAACACACAAACACACAAACAAAUACAAAUUACUAAAUAUGUAUUCUGCAUAAGCCACUCAAACAAGCAUUUACCAAAGACUUUAGGACUGGAAGAAUGAGUUAGUUGUUAAGCAGCACAUUUAGUAAGUACUGACUCCUAAUUUAUGCAUUUACUUUGUUACCAUGCUAGAAAGAAAAGUACUCCAAAUGAUCUUAAUGUGAAAGAAAAAGAGAUAAGCACGCACAAACACACACACACACACACACACACACACACACACACACACACACACACACACACACACACACACACACACACACACACACACACACACACACACACACACACACACACACACACACACGCACCACACAAUAGGAUUGGAUGUGGAUUUUACAAUCCGUGAUUUGGUAAACAGAAACAGUGGGAGCAAGUGCUCAAAACAUCCACUUGCUGUUUCAAAUUAACUUUAACUUUUUCAAUUUUUUGGUGAAAGGACUUAUUCUGUACUUUUGGUAUAGAAAUGAAUAUUAAAGGUUUUGCCAGUUAUGACACCUAUUCAAGACCAAAAUCAAGAUUGUGAUAGGAGCAACUAGUCAAACCCAUCGUUAAAAAAACCAAGUGAUCUGAAAAGGGCUACUUCCUGUCUUCAAAGAAUGGCUAGCUAGUGACCACAUUAAAGGUCUGAAAGACUCGUAUAAGAAAGUGGACAUUUUAUUUUUCAAACAUGUACUCUAUUUUUAUGUCUUUAAAAUAAUUUUGAACAGGCCGAAUUUUAAUUUCUAAUGUACUCAUCAAAAUGUUUACAUUUCUAUGAAACAUAAUUAUAUGUUAUUAUUUGUUUUUUUCAUGUGAUUCUACGUUUUUUAGUUUUCAUUUAACUGUAGGGGAGUGCAUCGUGUCAUGUUUUAUAAGGAAAUUGAUGAUACCCGAUUGCUAUGAAUCUGUGAUUUGAGGUGUCAGGAGUGUGAAAAGAGGAACUGUGGGCAAUGUUUACAGAAUCUAAUCUUUAAUACUAUGUGACAUGUACCAUAGUAUAAAUUGCUUCCACUGUCUUUGCUGUUUUUUGUUCAAUUGAAUGUAUUUUGUACAUAAGUAUGUUAUGAUUGGUUGAGUGGAGAGUAAGCUAUGAAUAAAAAACCUUUACGGCUGAUCUACUUUGCCAGGAUGUG